GGUCGCCAUGGUAACGUGGUGACGUAGGAUCUAGUGAUAGUAGUGUUCCGAACCGGCAUCCCUAUCCGAGGUCAGAUAUAGAAGUCCGGAGCGAGAGGCGGCCAUUCCACAGCUAACACUCCGUCUGAAACGGUAUCCAGCCGUCUCCUCUCAGAACCCGAAUGGCCGCCAAAUGCGCUGGCCGCUUGAGCGGUGUGGGGGCGCGCUCCCUCAGCGACUUCGUCGGGCUCUCGACAUUCCAGGGGUUCCGGGGCUGCAGGACGCGAGCGCAGCGUCACCCAAUCAGACAUUUGUCUUCGUGUGGCAUUCUUAUGGCUAGAACACCAAAAAUGAUUUUGCAGGAUUUUGGUAACCCAGGUAUCCAGCACUGUCGGGGCUUUCUGGGAUUCUCUGGACCAUUCGCUAAUAAGAGAAAGGAGUACUCGGAGAGGAGAAUCAUUGGCUACUCGAUGCAAGACAUGUAUGAAGUGGUGUCUAAUGUGGAAGAGUACAAACUAUUCGUACCGUGGUGUAAAAAGUCCACUGUUGUCUCCCAGCGCACAGGAUAUGUAAGAGCACAGCUGGAAGUUGGCUUUCCACCCAUCAUGGAGAAAUACACAUCCAUCGUCACGCUGGUGCGCCCUCAUCUAGUAAAAGCUAUAUGUACAGAUGGCCGACUUUUCAACCAUUUGGAAACCGUUUGGCGCUUUAGUCCUGGCGUCUCUGGCCAACCUCGUACCUGCACAGUAGACUUUUCGAUAUCCUUUGAGUUUCGUUCUUUGCUGCAUUCCCAACUGGCCGCCGUCUUUUUUGAUGAAGUUGUGAAGCAAAUGGUUGCGGCUUUUGAGAGGCGGGCAGGGAAGACUUAUGGUCCAGAAACACCCAUUCCCCGUGAUCUCAUGUAUCAUGAAAUCCAUCACACGUGAUGACCACAUACUGGCUACGCUGCAAAGGGAGAGACCGUGAUAGGACAUCAACGCCAGCCAAUCCAAAGUCCACAUAUUGUAUACUGAACAUGAGUCUCAAAACUUUGUGCGCUCACUGGGACAUAAGAGCUCAGAACCACACCUAGGUUUAUUUUUGUUGUUUUUUUUUUUUAAACAAAUAUUUAUUUAAUUUCACAUCUGAUAGUGCUGAAAAAAAAAUAUAUGUAUAAGUUAUCAUCUGUGUCCGGUGGGAGGAGUGAGGUGAGCAUGCUACGGCUGUGGAGGGUGUUUUAUGUGUGAUGAGCUAUUUUUACUUUUUCAAUCUCUGGGGGGGCGCUAUGUAGUUGGUGAAACGACUUUUCAUAUGCAAAAAUAGCACACUUUAGAAGAGCGGGGCUAUGUGCACGCUACGGUAGACAUUUUAAUUUUUAUUUUUU